GGCAUUGCCGCUCUCGGGCGGUGAAUGCACGUACGGCUGAUUUGCAACCCGCCGAAGCAACAGCGGAGAAGGAGGAAAAAUGUCGUUGGCGUCGACGAGGACCGUUCUAGGAUCAGUGUCUUUUUAAGAGAAACCAGACGGCGAACACGAAUGAAUCGUAUGCUGGGAUGCUGCCAUGAACGUUCAUAAGCUUCAUGAAACCGUAGAAAGAAAGUGAAACGUGUUGACAGUUUCACCUUGAGUCAGUUUACAUUCACCUUUUGUCAGGUCAGCUUUAACCAUAACCGCUUAAGAACAGAGGAGUAUACUGUAACACUACAUGGGCCUCUAAGGUAACCUGAUCUGAUAAUUAAACUUCCUCCCUCAGCCAGAUAGGUAGAAUUUCAGUCAAGACAUGGACCCAUCUACUAGGGUUGUGGGUCUGGAUGCUCAGGGGAACAUGGUUUUCACGGUAGUAAAACCAGUCAUGGGCAUCUUUCAGGUGUCUUCAGAGCAAACGGGUAGUGUUGCACAAGGGGGAAUGGGGCUGCAGGGUUUAUCUGAAAACACGUUGAUGCUCCCUCAAGCGCAAAGUCAGGCUCCGUUAGACCAGAAUCAGGUGGAAAUGCACAACAUGCAACCUCAUAUUCAGGCCCAGAUGCAAAUCCCUGCCCCAGUCCAGACUGAGGAUGUGUCGCAGAACCAGGAACUGCCACCGAACCCAAGCACAAACGCACAGUCGAGUACCCACAUGCCUUUCGCCGAGGUGUCGUCACUCCUGGACCCCAACAUGAAAGGAUCUAAAGCUCGAAAGUACUUCAUCUCCUAUGAUGAAAUCAAACGGCGCCUACAGGCUCCGGAGAAGAUGUCCCUGCGAUCCUUGGCAGCCUACACUCGGGUCAGCCGAGGCCCGGCCAGCAAGAAAACCCUUCUGGAGUCACUGAAUGUACUCGGGCUCACUCCAAGCACAACUACCUCUGUGUCCUCCUCGUUCUCCAAACUCACUGAAGGCGACACCGGAGCUUUGUGUGACGAUAUGAGGGACUUCGCUCAUGACUACAUCGACUACAGCAACAUGGCGAAACAGCUCAUCCCCGAGAUGAAUACAGUUCAACACUGGUCCAAGAUUAUUGAAACUAAGAACCAUCUUGAGGAUAUGAGAAAAUGUUUCAAGGACCCGGUCAACAGCGGCGCGUUUGACAACGUCACUCACGGCCUCGGUCUGGGAAUGUUGGACGUCGCAAUGGACAUGGUCGUCAUGGUGAUCGAACAGCAGAUUCGGAUCCUGUCUGGCGCGGCGGCAUCAGACCCGACCGACACCGGCCCACCAAUGCGGCGUAUCCGCAGGCGCCACCGCAAAACCCGCUCAACUGACAACGACAAGUCUCACAAGGUGUCGGGAGGGGUCAACGAGCAAGGGAAGGUCAUUUCGAAAAACAAGGGGCGAGGCAAAGCCAAGAAGAAGUUAAGGCAGGACGCUGGAGCUGCAGAGCCGGCGGAAACCCACGCAGAGCAAGGCAAGCCAGACGACGUGGAGAGCAACGUCCUUACCCUGGUUUCUGUAGGAUAUGAAACUGUUUCCAGUGGUCUCAAUGUAACCGGGACCGUUUGACGCUUGACACGAGAAGUCUAAAGAACCAAUGAUGGUUCCAUUCAAAGGGAUAUUCAGCAACGGGACACAGACUCUGCACAAGUUGAGCUGGGUUGACCUCCUGUGACGGAGAUCACAGCUGUGGCGAGCUCAGCUUCAACCUAUGAAGCAUGUUUCCCAAAAUGUCAAUUAAAGUAUUACUUUAAGUGAAUCCUCCGUUUCUAUAAUAGCAGGUUUUGUAUGUAUGUAGUCCAAUCUAUAUAUUAUUUUUUUAUGCUGUGUUUUCAGUGAACAAACCCCACUGAUGUAUGUAUAGAUGUAAACGCUGUCACAGCCCAUCAUGUAGAACCGAUAAUAUCAGAGAUCUGUAUUCUAUUUUUUGCUGGUGGUACGAUGUCUCCUGUUGUAUUUAUUGUUUAGAUUUCCAGGUGAACCUCUGUCAUUCUGUACUCGAUUGUUGUUUUUACUGGAAGUGUUGGGUAAAAUAUAAAGAUUUAAUUUUCAU